GUUACAGUGCUCCAGAUUCAGUGGGUUGCUGAAAAACCGAAACGGACUCGAAAAACGAUGGAAAAAUGCGCACGCCUUGUGCAUGUUUACUUGAUUCCCGUUGACGUUUAGUGCGAAAACAGCAUGAAUCGGUUGAUAUGUUCAUCUGGAUGCGGAUUGCGGCCUGUCAAUUAAGGGAUAGACCCCGUCGAGUGGGAAAAAUCCUCAAUAGACAUCGACACAAACAUCGACAUCCACGAUAAUCGAAGAAACAGGCCGCGCGGGAUCGGUGUCUGGAGCAUCUGCACGGAACGGUGUCUGUUUUGCCGUUUUCUUUUUUUCAGUUCUCGUUUUAGUGAAAUUUCGUCGCCCGGAAAGGUGCCCGUGGAUCGGAUAUCGCGCUGGCGGAUGUCCCGGUGAGUUCGGGGCUGGUUAUUCGGGCGUAGCGUGCGAACAUUCCUCCUCACAGCAUGGCCUCGGUCGCCGCUUGGCUGCCAUUCGCGCGGGCGGCGGCCAUAGGUUGGGUGCCCAUCGCCACGCACCCUCUGCCGCCGCCGCCUGUUCCGAAGGACCGCAGGAAGGCCGACGACGAGAAGCUCCUCAUCAACGUCUCCGGGCGGCGCUUCGAGACCUGGAGGAACACGCUCGAGAAGUACCCGGACACGCUUCUGGGCUCGAACGAGAGGGAGUUCUUCUACGACGAGGACGUCAAGGAGUACUUCUUCGACAGGGACCCCGACAUCUUCAGGCACAUACUGAAUUACUACCGCACGGGAAAGUUGCAUUAUCCGAAACACGAAUGUCUGACGAGCUACGACGAGGAGUUGGCCUUCUUCGGCAUACUUCCCGACGUUAUUGGAGACUGUUGUUACGAGGAUUACAGAGACAGGAAGAGGGAGAACGCCGAGAGGCUGAUGGAUGAUAAAUUAUCCGAAAACGGGGAUCAGCAUUUGCAGCAGCUGACGAAUAUCAGACAGAAGAUGUGGAGGGCGUUCGAGAAUCCUCACACGUCGACAGCAGCUUUAGUAUUCUACUAUGUAACCGGAUUUUUUAUAGCCGUUUCAGUCAUGGCUAAUGUGGUUGAGACGGUGCCUUGUGGAAGUAGACCUGGCGGAGCCGGUUCGUUACCAUGCGGUGAACGUUACAAAAUCGUAUUUUUCUGCUUAGAUACCGCCUGUGUGAUGAUUUUCACGGCGGAAUACCUGCUCAGGAUGUUCGCAGCACCGAAUCGUUAUAAAUUCGUAAGGUCGGUAAUGAGUAUCAUUGAUGUUGUUGCCAUUCUUCCCUAUUACAUCGGUCUUGGCAUCACCGACAACGACGACGUGUCCGGUGCGUUCGUUACUCUGAGAGUAUUUAGAGUUUUCAGAAUUUUCAAAUUUUCGAGGCACUCUCAAGGUCUGCGGAUUUUGGGUUAUACGCUUAAAUCUUGCGCUUCCGAAUUAGGAUUUCUCGUUUUCUCUUUAGCUAUGGCCAUUAUUAUAUUCGCCACUGUUAUGUUUUACGCCGAGAAAAACGUCGGGAAGACUUUCACAUCAAUUCCGGCCGCUUUCUGGUACACCAUUGUGACCAUGACCACUUUGGGAUACGGUGAUAUGGUACCGGCAACAAUAGCGGGGAAAAUAGUCGGAGGGGUUUGUUCCUUGAGCGGUGUGCUGGUAAUCGCCUUGCCAGUACCAGUAAUCGUAUCAAAUUUUAGUAGAAUAUACCACCAAAACCAGAGAGCCGACAAACGGAAAGCUCAAAGGAAAGCCCGACUGGCUAGGAUACGCAUAGCGAAAGCUUCAUCGGGCGCCGCUUUCGUCAGCAAAAAGAAAGCAGCCGAAGCUCGAAUAGCCGCUCAAGAAUCAGGAAUUGAACUGGACGACAACUACCGAGAAGAAGACAUAUUCGAGCUGCAGCACCACCACCUGCUGCGCUGCCUCGAGAAAACCACCGACAGGGAAUUCGUCGAGCUGGAGGUGCCUUACAACGGGCAUCCGAAGAGGCCGGGCUCGCCGUCGCCGAUGGCCAGUCCGGCCCAUUCGGCCGUCUCGAUGGGCCUGCUGCAGUCGUGCUGCGGCCGCUGCUGCCCCAGGAGGUACCAGCAGACCUGCGGCAAGUACAUGCCGGCCGCGUCGGCGGCGCAGACGAACCAGACGGGCGGCGGCUUGGACGGGACCUACCUGGUGGAGGCGUCGUUCUAAGGCAUAUCACGGUUUCGCUUCGUUACUGAUGCUAUUACGCUAUCGGCCUAAUUUUUAUAUAUCACUUCGAAGUCGAAGGGCGGCCAAUCGUAUUUUGGAAUUUUGAGGGUGAAUUGAUUCGAAGGAAUUUGCGAGUAUUUCUCCGCGUUGCGUUGCGGAUGUCGCAAUAUAUUAUUGCGGUUCAUCGUUGUUUCUAGGGUGAUUUUCGAUGGACGAUGGGAGAAGUACUUGUUGACGAUGAUAAUAAAAAUUGCUGAAAUAUUUUCGGGGAUCUUUGUCAACGUGGUGGUUUGACCAAACGAA